CGCGCCGCCUCUUGGAUAAGCACCGCCCAUCCCCCCAAAAAAAACGCCUGCUGUUUUUAUUUUUUUGUUUUGUUUAUUUUUUAAUCCUCUCACUAUGAACUGCGUUUGGACGUCUAUGAAGUCAGAGCAAGAAGUUGGUUGCAUUCGAGUUGAUUUGAAAAAGGUUAAUGACAGAAACAAAGAAGAAAACUGAGCAGAGAAAGAAUUGCUCAAUAUUACUUCAAGCAAUCUGUAAUCGCGCUGGGAACUUUAAAUGUAAUGGGAAACAAACAUGUUGCAUAAUGAGAGUGCUGUUCUAGUUGUUUAGUUUCCAAGUAAAUUCAUAGCCUCCAGUAGAUCCUCACUCUCGUGAAGAAAAGAGGAAAAAAACACAAUGUACCAAGUAGUACCCGGAGGAGCUGGGGGCACUAUCAUGGAAGGGGUGCCCCUUAAAAAAAAAAAUAAAGAGAUUCGUCCACUAGUGGGUGCUGGAGUUCUGGGGCUUGUCCUGGUUCUCGCUGCUGUAACAGCGUGGUGUUACUAUAUCGCCUCCCUCCGCAAAGCUGAUCACCUAAAGACAGAGUUAUUGGACCUUAAUAAGGAUGGCUUCCUAAUCCGCAACCAAGCUGGGGGGGUUGUGUUCAAAAUGGCUUUCAGAUCCGGAACCCUUGAUUUGGACUCCUGUUCUAAGGAGGAUGUGAUUCUGCGUUGCUCACGCUCCUAUGCUGGCAAAGUGAAUUUCUUUAUAAUGACUGUGCCAAAGCCCAAAGAGACUGUAAUGUGCUAUCGUGUCAGAUGGGAGGAGCUGGAGUCCGACCGACCUGUAAUGCACGCCAUGUCUUACAAUGGCUCUCAUUGGUACGGUGGUUCUGAAUCUGCUAUCCAGCACUGGCCCAUUGCCAUCUCGGGUCAGCAGGCACCCAAGCCCUUUGUCACCAGUGAUGUUUAUUCAAACCGCAAUGACUUCGGUGGCAUUUUAGAACGAUACUGGCUCUCAUCUAAUGCCACUGCUAUCAAGAUCAACGAUUCAGUGCCCUUUCACUUGGGCUGGAAUGACACCGAGAAGUCACUGUACUUUGAGGCACGAUAUCAGGAUAGCCCGUAUAAACCUCUUCCUGGGAUGCCACCAUAUGCUGAGCUGAGCUACCGCGUGUGUGUGGGCCCAGAUGUGACCUCCAUCCAUAAGGUCAUGGUCCGCAGGUACUUCCCUAAACCCAACAAGGUACCCUUAGAAGCAACGUUCCGAUAUCCUAUAUGGUCCACCUGGGCUUUAUACAAAACUGACAUCAACCAGGAGAAACUUUUGACCUACGCUGAAAACAUACGUAAACACGGCUUUAAUUGUAGUCAUAUAGAAUUGGACGACCGGUACACCAGCCGGUAUGGUGAAUUUGAAUUUGAUCCUGAAAAGUUCCCCAACGCGUCUGGCAUGUUCCAAAAGUUAAAAUCUGACGGCUUUCUGGUGUCAUUAUGGACACAUCCCUUUGUGAACUAUGAAUCCUACAACUUUGACCUGUGCGUCCAGAAAGGUCUUUUCGUGAUGGAGACCACCGGGCAACUACCAGCUUUGGUGCGAUGGUGGAAUGGCAUCGGCGGCAUUCUGGAUUUUACCAACCCAGACGCUCGCAACUGGUUCACAUCCCAUCUGCGAACAUUGCGUUCUAAAUACGGUGUGUCUUCCUUCAAGUUGGAUGCUGGUGAAACAAACUACCUGCCUUGGCGCUUCCGGACACAUGUCCAUCUUCCCGAUCCUAGCACGUUCACGCGCCGGUACACAGAAAUGGCUCUGCCAUUCAAUGAACGGGCAGAACUGCGUGUGGGCUAUGGCUCACAGAAUAUCUCCUGCUUCUUCCGCCUCAUCGAUCGUGAUUCGGUUUGGGGCUAUGAGCUUGGUCUCAAAUCCAUCAUCCCCACUGUCCUCACCAUCAGCAUCCUCGGCUACCAGUUUAUCCUGCCUGACAUGAUCGGGGGAAAUGCAUAUGCCAACCGAACCUACGGGAAUGGUAAACUCCCUGACCGCGAACUGUACAUACGUUGGCUAGAGCUUUCUGCUUUUAUGCCUGCCAUGCAGUUCUCCAUCCCACCCUGGGAGUAUGAUGACGAGGUGGUAGCCAUUGCCCGGCGCUUUACAGGACUUCAUGAGACAUUAGUGGCCCCCAGAGUUCUGGAGCUGGCAGGGGAGGUGUUAAAUACCGGUGAUCCCAUCAUCCGUCCUUUGUGGUGGAUAGCCACCAGUGAUGAGACUGCCUACAGGGUCGACUCGCAGUUUCUUAUAGGAGAUGACCUGAUGGUGGCACCAGUGCUGGAGCCUGGCAAGCAGGAACGGGAUAUCUACCUCCCAGCUGGCCAUUGGAGAAGCUACAAGGGCGAGCGCUAUGAUAAUAAAGAACCUAUGCAUCUCACAGAUUACGCUGUGGAUCUUGAUGAGAUUGCAUAUUUUCUUUGGGUACAGUGAUGCUGUUGAUACUGUUUCCUUUUUCAGGGGAUGAGCAUUACAUGCUUUGCUUAAUUGCUUAUUCAGGGCUGUUAAUAUGUUUAAAACAACUAAAGCUUGAUGCAUUAUGACAUCGCUCUUAUAUAGCAUUCACAUAUUUGCAUAUUCAGUAGAGAAAAACCUGAGGGAAACUGUUAGAAGAUCAUCGAAGCUCUGAAAAGUCAGAAGCCUGAUCUCAAGAUCAGACUGCUGCACCAUCAUGUAACCCCAUACCCAAUCACGUGCCUUACAUUAUUUUGAAUGUACAUAUAAGACGGCAGGUUCACAAGAUUCAAGACUAAACCAAAUGCUGGUUUAAAAAGUGCUACCAACUGUUGCGUAAGCUCAGAUUUUUGUUUUAAUAUUUGACAGUUGGGUACUAAUAGCUCAAAUUUACAUUUACGUUUGCAGCAUUUGAAGUUCAGAUAAAGCGGUAGAAUGAAUGAAUGGAUAAAUACACGUACAACAAACAGGGUAGAAAGUGCAAGUUCAAGUAUUUCAUGAAGAAGUAGGUCUUCAACCUUCGUUUUAAGACAGCCAGUGACUCAGCUGUCCGGAGUACAUGCUUGGAAAUGAAAGGGAAUGAAUUGAUCGAUUUACUGUGAAAAUAUAUGUGUCCUUAUCUUAAGGCACUGUGGUAUAAGAAGAAUACAAGCAUGUUCUCUGGGCAGAUCGAACCGUAUUAAAUGCAUGUAUGUGUUUUCAAUUUGCAUGUAUGCAAGAUUCUACCAAUCUAUAUAGUAUCCGUGGUGUCUUCCAAGCACACACUUGCACCUUUUCGAACAUGGGAGAACAAUCUGUAGUUUUUUUUUUUUUUAUACUAGAACAGACACUAGUUCUAGCUCAGUUUUUAGAAUGCAGCCUAAGCAGUACUAGUGCAGUUUAUUAGGUGUAGGUUCAAUAGAGCACCAUAGCUUUUAAGCAAUAAUUAGCUUUGCUAGUAAUAUUUAGUGGUGUUAAUCAUUCAGGGAUUAGUCAUGGAACAUUUUAUUCGGCUCUGUUUAUAUUUCUCUAGUUUAUAUAUCGGUCAUGGAACGUUAGCUAGUUUGUUUUAACUAGAGGGUUGGAUGCUCCUAGCACUGACUUUCUCACUCAAGUUUUAUUUCCUGUUUCAGAUGUUGUAUCAGGUUACUUGUUUCGUAGGGAUUUUUACAUUGCCGAGCAGUCUGCUUUGACCGCCAUUGUUAAUUGUACAUGUCAUCCCUUCGCUUUAUAACAAGAGUGUAAACUAAGCGUAGUAUAACAUAAUAUAGGAAAUAAGCACAGAACCGAACCAGGACGCAGACCUAGAAUAAGCUGCCAUGUCAUUGGCAAAUAAUUAACACCAUCCUGCCUUAUUUAUAUUUCAUUCACAUUUCAUAUUCAUGUUGUACAUGAGGUUUGCAUGCAGUGUUAAAUGUUUGUAUGUUUUUUUUGUUUUGUUUUGUUUUUUUUGUAUGGUUCAUGUCGAUCAUCAUCAGAUGAUCUUUAUCAUUUUCCAUUGAGCCCAUCUUUAAAAAUACACUUGAAUAAAUAUUUUGGAGAACUGCUGUAGGAUUGCUUCUAUGAGCCACUAUAUAAGGGAUAGGUUCUCAUUGUUUACAUACCGUGGUAGAACAACCGACAUCAGUCAUCUGAGUGUAGUGCAGCUUCAGAUACAGAUUGAUGAAAGCUUUUUUCCAUGCACUGGUAUACGUGGACAUGAUAGGAUACAGAAUCAUAGAGACAUAGACCUAGUACUUUACAUUAGCAGGUUUUUUUGUUUGUUUACUAGACACAUGCAUGAUAAACAGCACAUCACAUGAUACAUCACAAAACCACAACGCAGCAAAGCUCUAAUGAAGCAAACUCUGCGUUUACACACUCUGUACCAUGUGUAACCACAGUAACAUUGACACAACACCAUGUAAAAUGCUAAUGCACAGGAAAGUUAGUCAUCGUGGUGUUUGAUUCCCCCCCCUCUCUCUAUCCAUAUAUAUUUUAUAUAUCCGUUUAUCUCGUGCACACUCCCUGUCUGAGUAAUUACAAAAACACCCCAGUUAGCAAUAGCACUUAUUUAGAAAUACAUAUUAGAUAUGUCAGUAUUUGGAUAUCGAACUGCAUCAUACUGUAGCUUUUUAUGUGACAGCUUGGCUUCAGUGUAUCUCUCAGCUUGUAGAGAGUUUUUCUAACCACAGUGAGGCAGUGUGCACCUUUUUAAGAUUCUCCAAGCAUAAAGAAGUUCUCCUGCUUGCUUCUUUUUUCCCCCCACAGCUGGAUUUCCAUUCAUUAUGAAUGAUAAACUCAUUUCAUAAGCGGUUUUAACUCUGGUUACAGGUUUGACCUCUUCAUGAAAAGAAUGAAUACCUAAAACAGAAAACAGAAAAGAGCGUGCAAAUAUUUUGAAGAAAUGUUUAAUAUUGUUGUAUAUCAAAUGUCACAACUUUUUGACUUUGUGUCUGCUUGUUGGACAAUAAAAGACACGGUUAUUGAGAAA